ACAUCAACAACGCGCUCACAGCGGCUCUCACCUUUGCAUCGACACACCUACGCUCGCCCGCACGAUCGACUGCGCGCGCAAGAAACGCAGCGAUGAGCGGGUAUCACAGCGUGAUGCACGAGCUGGGGCCGUUCUUUCAAGACGUCAAGGACUGGCUCCGAACUCUGACUGCAGCACGGCUCCUCUUCGUCGCCCUGACAAUAUGCGGCGUGUCGACCUUCAUCGUCUUCACAGUCUUCGAAGCAGUCGCGUAUGGCCAGCUCGCGGCCGAGGCGCAGUAUUCGGGGUUGCACGGGUACGGCCGCAUCACGGCGCGGUUCAUCGCGUACCAGCGUGCGCUGUGCUUCUUGAUUGGGCUGCUGGCGGCCCUCGGCACGCCGGUCCUCAUCCACGCGCUGGUAGGCGACGACCCGGACGACCCGCAUCCGCACCGCUGGCUCGAGCUGCGCAUCGGUGUAAACAACGUGCCGCGGGUAUACCUCGUCGUCGUGGCCAUUGGGCUCGUCACGGCGUUUGUCAACUUUGCGCGGAGUAGGGGGUCGUGGAUGGCAGCCGCGACCUACGAAUGGUGCCUAUACACACUGGCCAAGUCGCGCGGCCUCAACGCGCUCAACCGCUACUCGUCCGAGAUGGAGCCGCUGGCCAAGGUCUCACAAGACUGCGACGGGAUCGUCCGCGACAGCGACCGCAAGGCCGUGUUCGGCUCGAUAGGCAUCCUCAUCUGGACUCAAAGGGCAUAG